AUGAGCGAGUCGGCGCAGAAGAGCGCCACGAAGAAGAAGAAGAAGGGCGAGGCCGCCGCUGUCGAGGACGACGCCAGGUCGCGCAGCCAGCGCGCGGACAGCGACGCCAUGCGCAGCAGCGUGGGCAGCAGCGUCUCGGACGCGUCCAGCGCCGACCUGUCGUCCCCGUCGCGGCGCCACCAGCAGCAGCGGCCGCGCUUCGACUCGAAGGCCUCGUGGGCGGACUCGACGCGCUUCGACAUGGGGCGCGCCGACUCGCGCGCGUCCGACAUGUCGGCGCGGGACCUGCGGCUCACGGGCCUCGGCGGCCGCGUGUCGUCCAGCGGCCACAACCGCUCGCGCGCGGAUUCGAGGGCCUCGCGCCUCUCGCGCACCAGCAGCCGCUCCAGCAUGAGCGGCGUGCGCGGCCGCCAGUCGUCCUUCGUGUCCAACUUCGGCGUGACCAAGGGCAAGAAGCGCAAGGACAGCAACGCGCUGUCCACGAUCACGGAGAACUGGAACCUGGCCGACGACCAGUUCGGCAGCCCCUUCUCCGAGUUCGACGCGCAAGAGCAACCGAUUCGAGAGGAGCUGCAGCGAGGCUUGGCCAUCAUCAAUGACCACACGACGAAGCUGAAGGAGAUUGAGGACGCUAUUACGGCGGCGAUGUCGGAAGUUUGGGGAUACUGGGCGGACCCUAUUCAGCUGUACCUCCACCCGGCAGAACGAGUGGACGUGCAGGACCUUAUCAAGACGGACAAUGAGCUGUUCAACAAGGUCCUCACGGUGUUUUCCGUGCUGUGCGAUGAAAUUUCCGAGCUCAAGGUGACGGUGGAAGACAACUUCUAUCCGGCGCUGAUCAUGUUCGGCCAGGCUCGCCACGGGGAAGAAGGUGAAGUGAAAGCCGGAGAGGAUGAGGUCCACAUUGGCCGCAUGCUCGCGUUCUUCCAGGAUAUCUCCAACUUCGUGGACCGCUGCAACGCUAUCACCAUCAACAUGAUUCACCAGCUUGCGAGCCUGUACCAGAGCUUCCAGAAGCUCUGGAAGUCCACGUUCAAGCUUGUGCACCUCCACCCCGUGUUCGACGCGCUGGCAAGCUUGCUUGAGGUCAUGAUCACGAUCGAUGCGAUUGUCAUCGACAAUCCCAACAUUAUUACGUCUUGGGAUAAGUACAAGCGUAUGAUGCAGUACGUGCGUUCCGACCCACCCCGCUACAAUGUGACGGUGGACAAAGUGAAGCAGUUUGAACGACUUCUGGUCAGCCUGGAUCAGACGAUCAUGAGCGCGCAGGUCUUUCAGAGCUGUAUUGAGCAGGACUUCGAGGUAUUUUCUGGCGGUGACGUCGCAGAGGACGACGAAGACCCGGAUGGAAGCGACAGCGAACGAGGAGGUCGUCGUGCUAGUAGCAGUGGAGGAGAGUCCAGGAUUGACAUUCGCACUAACCGCGUCUUUUUGGAGGAGUUUGUGCACUGCAUUAGCGCACGGUUGAGUAUCGCCGAGGGCGCCAUUACGUCGGCUACGGAGACCUUCGAGCGAAAUGAUCUGGUUGGUACAGCGGGACUGUACGUGCUGCUCCGUCGGCUCCAGCCAUCCAAUGUCCCGGCCGAUCCUGUGCUUUUCAAGCGACUGUGGGAGACGCAGCUGAAGGCUCCUUGUGUGACGAUUUGUGGCAAGAUUAUGUGGUAUAUGCCGGACUUUCUGCUCAAGUAUGCGCCGAUGACGUCCAAGAAGUUGCAUCCCACUGACAUCGUCCAGUUCCGGCGCGAAUAUCUUCACUCGCUCGAUGACGCUUUCCCGGCUGAUGUCACCACAGCGAAAUUGGAGCUGAGUGCUUGGCUAGUACGGAUGGAGUCGUUCUUCCAGCCGACCACGCGUGGUAUGGGUGAUGCAUCUCGGACGCUUAGUAUCCGUGGUAACCUGAUUCUCAAGGGUUUAAUCUUGGCCAAGCGCGUGCAGACUAUGAUGCACACUCUGGUAAAUUUGCACCUGUCACUCCAGAUCCCGAUGCCAAAGCGGGUUGUGAGGCCGUUGUACACCUGUAUCGAGAUCCUGAAGGCUGUUGAGUUCAUGUUUGCGCGGAAGAACCCCGUCCUGGCAGAGUCAUCGUCGCACUUACUUCGCCAAGUCGCUCACUCGCUGUUCUCGUUUUUCCGUCCGCUCAAGGCACACCUGGAAGCUAGCAAGAAGUUUGAUGACACGAAGCUGGAUGUUUUGGCUGCUGUGACUGUGCUGGAAGAUAUCCUGAACUCUGGCGAGUCGUUCUCGUACACGCGGAUCACUGUUCUUGAUCUCGCCGCUCAAAUUGCGAUGAUAUCACCGGACAACAGCACUGCUGUCAGUGAGAAGGGAGGCGUUAUGGACACUACCGUGCCAAUGGGCCUCAAAGACGCCGGCGAGCCUGUUAAACUCAUCUGGAAGCUACGUCUUCUAAGUGAUUUCCAGCGCAAGAUCCGAAGUGCCUGCGACUGUUCUUUCUUUUACUGGAGUCGUGAGCUGCUUCACCCCUUCAUGGCCGACCUUUACAGCCAGCCUGAGCAGGCAAACCGUAUCCAGUAUGUGGUGGGUGGUUUCCUUGAUGCGAUCAAGUUGCUGCGCGGUGCACAACAUGAGACGGACAACGAAUUGUAUGUCACAGCAUACGCCGAUUUCAUCGAGUCAGUGCUGGAGGAGGAGAUCGUCGAAAACUUGUGCAAGGAUGUGGAAAACGAUCUCCGUCUCCACGUUCACUCUGUCCACUUGGAUCACCUGGAUGCCCCCAACCCGAAGAGUGCCGACUUCAAGGUGCUUCACUACUAUCUGGAUCUUCGCCCUAUUCGACUGCACGGAAAGACACUCGAUCUGCGGCAACAAGUGACGCAUUAUCUCGAAAGCACGUUCUACAACCUAACUACUGUUGCGCUUCACGACUGGAAGACGUACGGGGAAAUGCGCAAUUUGGCCAACGACAAAUAUGGCUUGAGUCUCGCUGACAAUCACCUCCCUAUGGGCUCGCUGGAUCAAGGUCUCGAUAUUCUACAAAUUAUGCGCAACAUCCAGAUUUUUGUGGCCCGAUACAACUACAACCUGAACCAGCAGUUCUUCCUCGAACGUCGUAGUGACAAGGGCUCGCGGCACCUUAACUCCAUCAACAUCCACUCAAUCGCGAGCUCCAUCCGUACGCAUGGCAUGGGUAUCAUGAACACCACGGUCAACUUCACAUACCAGUUCCUGACAAAGAAGUUCGAUAUUUUCUCGCAGUUCCUCUUCGAUGAGUACAUCAAGAGUUAUCUGCAACGUGAGAAGCGCUGGUACAAGAAGCACCGCGACGACAAGGAGGUGGACAACAAAUACCCGUUCGAUCGCGCGUUCCAGUUCAACAAGGACAUCCGCAAGUUGGGUGUAUCGGAUUCUGGCAAGACGUUUUUGGACCAGUUCCGCAUGUUGAUCACCGAGAUCGGUAAUGCUCUGGGCUACGUACGCAUGGUGCGUUCCGCGGGUAUGAACUACUGCAGCAACGCCAUUAAGUUUGUGCCGGACUUGAACCACACGCACUUUAAAUUUGAAGCGUACGCUGGUGAUGGCGUGGCGGAAGAGAAGAACGAAGAGACUGGCGAAGUUGUGCGGGACGAGAUUGUUGGCGCCAAGUUGUCUCGCGAGACGGUCGUAGCGGCACGCAACCUGGACUCGGUUAUCUCGACCCUCGCCAAGAACUUUUCGGAGAACAACGACUACUUCAAGGUGCUGGUGAAGGUUUUCCAGGAUGUUACUGCCAGCGACGAGCAGAAGCACUUGGUCAACUUCUACACGAUCAUCCCGGCCCUUACUAUCAACUACGUCGAGACGACUGUGCAGGCAAAAGACCUCAUGUACAAGAACACACGCCGCCGCGAGUCGUACUUCUCGGACGACGGGUUCGCAAUUGGCGUUGCUUACAUCCUUGCGAUUCUUGACCAGGGAGAGCAAUUUGACGCGCUGCACUGGUUUGAAGAGGUGGUGCGCAAGUACAAGGUCGAGGAGGAGGCCUACAACGAGAAGCAAGCGGAACGCGAAGCCCGGAAGCGCGAGCAGGCAGCUAAGAAGCAGAAGGAGACGACGGCCGAGCUGAUCGACGACGAGGAAGAGGUGCACACGCUGCAACUUACUGCCAAGCGCAUCGAGUUGAACCGCCCCAAUGAAUCUGGAGAGACCAAAGCUAAACGACGCAAGUGCACGUACGCUGCUCGACGGGAAAAAGUUAAGGAACUGCACCAAGAGAUCCGAAGACUUGAGUCGCAGGUGGCUGUGUUGAAGACCCGGUCAGAGCCCGGCCAAGAGUGCGAAGUUGAUGCCAGGCUCAACCAAACCGAAGAGGAGAACGCACAGUUGCGUGACGGUGCCAGGAAGCAGCAGCUUCAGGUGGCUAAAUUGCAGUCGGCUAUGAGUCGGUGUCUGGGAAGCCAGCAGUCGCACCCGCUGUACACUCGGAUUUGCCUCCCAAAGGACUGGGACCAGCGCAAGGACAAGCUCAUGGCUAUUCGAGAAACGAAACCUCGCAAUGCUUACAACUUCGUAAUGACCUCCAGAAAGUUUGGGGAUGCAGAGAAGACGACGUAUUCGGACGAACUGUUUGAGUCGGCGGAGGGUGACUUCUGUGGUGUCCGCUUCGAAACUGUGCAGUUCCCUGGAGUCAAGUCCCUGCAGCAAGUGUACGACGCAGCCGUGUACUAUCUGACGAAUAUGGAGAUCAGCAUCACCGAGCGGCUGGGUCACGUUCCGGUCAGGGACGACUACGACUCUGUCGACGGCAGCAUGUACAAUGCUCGAGUGCUGUCAACCGUGGGCAACAAUAUCACAGUGGAAACCAGUUCGCUUCUGUACCCGAAGAUGGAUCCGGAGGGGGCAUACGGGAUGGUGGCGCUCGAUUCCGUUGACGAGGAUGAACUCUAUCCGUACAGCCCGGCUACACGCAUCCGUAAGGAUAUUUCGGCCACUGUCGUGUUUACUGCAAGACGGAAACCUUCGGCUAACGGUGACCAAGGUGAGCUUGUAGUGACGAUGAGAGGCUCAGCAUUCUUGAAAAUCCAUCGACCUCAGUUCCCGCUCUCGGGGGAUACGAUGGAGCAGCUCUCCACCGGCAUUAUGGCGUGGGGUGACGUCAUGGUCAAGACAAUCCACAGUAUUGUGUACGGAGUCUGCUAA